AUGUCCGCGCUGGACGCCGAGCGCAGGAACAUCGACCUCUUCCUGCAAAGCAUCGUCUCCACAAUACAAGAUCAUGACGUCAAGGCACUCUUGUCGCCAAUGCCUUUCCUCCGGCUCGUCUUUAACUCGAUAUACAUCCUGAUCCAGGCACUUAUUAUCUGGCUGUUUAAACCUCCUCCGCCACCGGACAAGGAUGCCCACAUUCAUUAUCGCGGUCGCAUCGCCGUGAUUGGGGCCGGCCUCACAGGCGUGUCGAGUGCAGCGCAUGCCGUCGCGCAUGGAUUCGACGUUGUUCUCUUCGAGCAGGACGAUGCAGUUGGAGGGAUCUGGGCACACGUGAACAAGACCUCUGGACUACAGCUGAACUCGAUGCUGUACCGCUUCCACCCUGCCGUGCUGUGGUCGAGCGCGUUUCCCAAAAGGGACGAGAUCCUGCGUGAGAAUCAACGAAUCUGGAGAGAGUAUAGACUAAAAGAGCGCACGCGGCUCUCGACGCGCGUCACGUCCGUCCGUCGUGCGACGCUCGAGGAGCUCGAUAACGUCUCCGAAGAUGAACUGGACCCUGCACAACAGGGCCACGCGCGGUGGAUCGUGAAUGAUGGCGAGGACGACGUGUUCGACGCGGUCGUCGUGACGGUCGGGACGUGCGGCGCGCCACGGUGGGUCGGAUUCAAGGGCAUGCCGCCGAUGGAGUACAUCGAGCGUCGCCGGACGCAGAGCGAGCACGCCAACGCGGGGAAGCAGAAGCAGAACAGCACGGACGACAAUGAAGGACUUCAGCACGAUGAGGAAAAAAGCGAGGUUGGGAGUGAGAGCGGGCGCUCAAACACCCAGGAGCCUUACCCGCCUGUGAAGCACACGCAGGACGACGGCGAGAGCGUCAGCAAGGAAGACUUGCAGAAGAAGAAGAAGAAGAAGAAGAAGAAGAAAGGCAAGAGCAGAGGCAAUGACGAGCAGGAGAAAGGAGAUGAGAAUGUGGAGACGUUUGAGGGAACGCUCCUGCACUCAUCGCAGCUGGACGACGCAGAGCUCGAAGGCAAGCACGUCGUCGUCAUCGGCAGUGGCGCGAGCGGCGUCGAGGCGAUUGAGACGGCUCUGCAGAGGGGAGCGAGCGAUUGUGUGAUGAUUGCGCGGGAUGACAAGUGGAUCAUCCCGCGGAACGUAGUCUUGGGUACAUUGAUCUCCGCGCAGCCGUUUGGGAGAGAGAUGCCACUCAGCUUUGUCUGGGAGAAGAUCGUCACGGCGUGGAACUACCACGGGGUCGAAGACCUCACACCUGCACACCUUGGGCUGUUCGAGGGCACGCCUGUGGUGAAUGACGAGUUUCUGAGCCAUAUCCGCGCGGGCCGGUGCCGCUACGUCCGCGGUGACACGCAGUGUCUCACAAGAGACAGUGUGCGCGUCAGCGUGCGGGGACGGUGGAGCCGACCAGGGGAUGAGGGCGAGGAGACGGAGUUCCCUGCAGGCGUGGUUGUCCUUGCGACCGGGUUUAAGAAGCCGGACAUUGCGUUUUUGCCGAAGGAUUUGUUCCCAGAGGGGUACGAGAGGCCGAACCUGUAUUUGCAGAACUUUGCCACUGAGGACUGGAGCGUCCUCAUGACGAAUUCGGCAUACAUUAGCGCAAUCGGUACUGUCGGACAUUUUCACAUCGGCAUCUACAUGCGCAUUCUCCUGACUUUUCUCAUGGACAAGGACUCGCGUCCGACGCCAAAGGACAUGAAACUCUGGGUAGAUGCGUUGAGAUUCGUCAAACGCGGCGCACGCGGAGGCGCCCUCGGGUUCUUCACAUAUAUGGAGCUCACGAUCUGGCUUGUGCUCUUUCAUAUCUUCCGACUGGACAGGCUGAAAUGGCUGUUCUUCAUCAUGCAAGGAUGGGGAGUGCGUCCUGUUGUGCAAGGAGAGAGAGCAGAGUGCGCCGAUUAG